UGUCUGAUCCGUGAAUAUUUGAUGUGAGUCAAUCAUUCAACGUCAGACAAGACAGAGUCACAGUGAUAUGUACGCAUUUAUCCCUCAGUUCUGAAGAUGACAACCGCGAAAAGCCUUCAUUCAGACUCGAGUCAGACUCGUCCGAAUUCGCACCAGAACUCGUGCCUACAGAUAAUGGAAUCUUGCAAGAUACAGACUCUGCCGCGGGCGAACUUCUUGGAGUAUAGGACUCCAAGAGCAGCUGGGCGCUGCGGCGCUGCGGAUAUGGACCCUGCCAUCCGAGAAGCAAGGCAUGUUUGUUCUUUCAAGUUGUCUUUUCUGAUAAUGGUGCCUGGCGUACGCUCUGCAUUGCCUAGAGAACAAUUACUCCAGGAGGCCGGGUUCUCGUGGUGGCUGCUCAGGUCAUUCUUAAUAUCACUAUUGAAAUUGUGGAGUGCUCGUUGCGUGCUCAGUAACUACAGAGGAACCCCCUAUUCCAGAAGUCAUCGCAAUGCGCCAUCGUGCUGGAACCUGGAUACUCUCUGGAAUUCUCGCGGGACAAACUGCGGACAGAUCGAGAUUGAUGAGUUUUGUUUUUCUUCUUUUGUUUCGCGGUCUCCCGGAUCUUAUUAUAGCUCAAGGUUCGAACGUUCAAUGUUCAGCUGUAGCCUCCUGAAGCAAGAUAUGGAAGUUGUGAUUCUAUCUGCCCACACUCCUGAAGGCAUUGGCAAUUACUGCGGGUCUCACGUCGAUAAUGGGCUCCACCUGCCUCGGAAAAAGUGGAUCACAGCUUUGUCCUUGGCGCUGAAUAUUUUUUGCGCCUCACUCAGAAGUUCGGAUGUCAGUGGAAGACCUGUUGGGAUCCUGAAUACAACUAUUAUUACUCAGCAUCCGAUAUGUGCGUGAACAGUGAUGCAUGAUGAGGCGUCCGUGCAAGAUUGUUUUGUAGUUCAGCGCCAGUAACGCGUUCGCAACACGGAACCUCCGUGUGCACUAGUCCCCCUUAACAGAUUAUAGACGAAUGAAGAUAUCGUUUCUCCUAAGU